AGACCGUCGUCCUCGGGGGGACACACUCGCAGCGCGGUGAGUGACGUGGAGAUGCAGGAGCACUACGACGAGUUUUUUGAGGAGGUUUUUACAGAAAUGGAGGAGAAGUACGGCGAGGUGGAGGAGAUGAACGUCUGUGACAACCUGGGAGACCACCUCGUCGGGAACGUGUACGUCAAGGUAGGAAGGGCUUGCCCCGUGGGAGUGCUCCCUCCCGACCGGCGGGGGGAGGAGGCUGGUGCCUUGGGAUCUUAGCGGGAACUGGAACUGGAGUGCGCCGGCCGGCUUGCCCAGGCGGAGUGCACGCGGGGCGGCUUCUGCAACUUCAUGCACCUGAAGCCCAUCUCCAGAGAGCUGCGGCGGGAGCUGUACGGGCGCCGGCGCAAGAAGCAUAGAUCGAGGUCCCGGUCUCGGGAGCGUCGCUCUCGGUCUAGAGACCGCGGUCGUGGCGGCGGCGGUGGCGGCGGCGGCGGCGGUGGGGGACGGGAGCGUGACAGGAGGCGGUCGAGAGACCGUGAAAGAUCGGGGCGAUUCUGAGCCACGCCGUUUUUACCGUAUGUCUGCUAGGCAGUGUUGUAGUUGAUUGACCAAACCAGUUCAUAACGGGAAUUUUUUUUAAAAAACAACAAAAAAACACAAAGAUGGGUUUCUGAAUAAAAUUUGUAGUGAUACA